GCGGCCCGGGGGCUCCCCCGGCCGGGGGGGAAGGGGAAGGGCCACUAAGAAUAGCAGUUUCUCCUAUGUAGAUCCUUACUGAAUAGACUGGAUUAAUGUCACCAGGUGUCUCGACCUUCCUGGACAAAGGUCCUGAGGCCGGGGUAGUCUGGGUGCACCCACUAUUUGUCAUUCUUGGGUCUUAUCCCUUGCGGGAUAAGGGACCCCGGCAUUCAAAUACCCAACCACAACCAUCAUCGAUACACAGCGAGUCAUAAGCGUCUAGACGGUCCCGGUGGCUGCCAUUCCCACGGAAAGAAGCAACGGACGGCCAAAUAAGCAAUCAUAUCACGACCAAUCAAGCAUGCCGUGGAAGCUUAAGGCUGCCAAUCAUCCACCCGCAGGCAUACGACACCGCCAUUUGCACGGGAAAACUCCGGGAUUGGAACUCGGGGAAAAUGCGGGACUGCGAUCUAGCAUCAGUGUUGGGAUAAGAUUUUCUGCUUUAUUUGUUACCAAACAUUGUCCGGUGUACAACGCACACCAUUGUCAGACCGCUAGGCAAAUCCCUGUCGUGAGCGCAACUGACAGCCGAGCCCACAACCGAUGUACUGAUUACGGUAACUGCCACAAUCUGCAGCUGCUGAAAGCACUAUCCCCUGGGUAUUUGACAGGCAGCGGUUGCGUGUCGGGGACACCUGGACGUGGGGAACCCCCAGCUGCACUGCGUGGGGGUGCGCAUGGGGUCUGGGGGAAUGCGGAGGUCGGACUUGGGCCGAUUCGAUGGCAGCAGGGAUCCUGGGUCUCCCCGGAUGAGGUCUACUGAGGGAUGCGGUCGAGUGUCUCGGUCAUUGGCCGCCGGGAUGAUCGUCGGGGGAGAAACUGGGCAAUCUAUCCGAUGGCGGUCGGGCUGGACUGUGAUCAUGACGAAACA